AUGAACCCGUUGGCCUAUAACCCUUUCCGUUCCAGAGACGAUGUGGUUGUGGCAUGUGAGAAUCUCUUCGAGCCUUUAGUGCCAUUCUUUUCACCCGGGAAAGCACGCGUCCAACUUGAUGCUUCUGGGUCUACAUGGGAUCGCGCAGCUUGCGAUCUGGAAGGAUUUGCUAGGCCCCUUUUUGGAAUUGCGCCCAUGGCUGCUGGGGGUACUUCCUUUCCCCACUGGGAUGUUUAUCGCAGUGGUCUGAAAAACGGGACAGACCCAACACACCCAGAAUACUGGGGUCGCGUCACAGACAUGGAUCAGCGCCAUGUAGAAGCUGCAGCCCUGGGAUAUGGGCUUUUGCUGGCAUCAGAGCAUCUAUGGGACCCGUUGGACGCUGAAACUAAGACCCGGGUCGCGACUUGGCUGUUGGAAAGCCGAAACUCAAAGCAUGGAAACAACAAUCACAAGUUCUUCCGAGUUCUCGUGGACCUUGGCCUAGAACGAGUAGGCGUGAAUGUGGACUGGCAAGGGACAGAAGAGUAUCUGCAGGACUUGGAGCGUCUUUACAUGGCGAAUGGCUGGUAUCGCGAUGGGGGCAACGCUGGAGACCUGAGACGAAUCGACUACUACAACGCCUUUGCUAUGCAUUUCUACGGCUUAGUUUACGCCAUUUAUAAGCCACAAGAUACUGCUCGUGCUCAGCGAUUCCGUCAACGGGCGAGCGAAUUCGCCCACAACUUUCAACAUUGGUUUGCUGAGGACGGAGCGUGUAUUCCUUACGGCCGCAGCCUGAUCUAUCGUCAUGCAAUCGCUGCUUUUUGGGGUGCUUUGGCUCUGGCAAAUGAAGAAGCUUUGCCUUGGGGGGUCAUGAAAGGUUUGUAUCUGCGACACCUACGAUGGUGGGCCUCGCAACGCAUAUCACGACUUGGCGAUGGUCUCUUAACAUUGGGGUACGCCUACCCAAACCAACUUAUCACCGAGCGGUACAGCUCCACUGGCUCACCUUGGUGGGCAAUGAAAGUCUUCGCUCCUCUGUGUCUACCAGAAACGCAUCCUUUCUGGGCAUCAGCGGAAUUGUCCAUGCCUAAGCGUGAGUCUGUCGUCCCAUUUCCUAUCCCAGGAAUGGUUUUCUGUCAUCAGCCACGCCACUCUGUCAUGUUGGUUUCUGGACCUGGUUCAUCUCUUCAAAUGAGAGAUGUGCCUGAAAAAUACAACAAAUUUGCCUACUCAUCACGAUAUGGCUUCAGUAUCGAAAGUGAUUCGAGGGGCUUCUUGGCUGGCGCCUUUGAUAGCAUGCUUGCGCUCAGCGAUGACAGAAUACACUUUCGUGUACGAGAAAGCUGUGAAGAUGUGAAGAUUUGUGGAAACAUUCUCUUUUCUCGAUGGCAUCCUUGGCCUGAUGUCACUGUUGAGACCUGGCUUAUCCCACACCCGCUAUGGCAUAUGCGAGUUCACCAAAUUACCAGUCCUCGCCGCCUCUGGACGAUAGAAGGGGGAUUUGCUAUUCCCAAGUCGGAUUUUCAAGCUGACCAAUUGACCGAAUCUGAGUCCUCGGCCUGUGUUGAUGGCGACUUGGGUGACUUUAGUGGCAUCAGAGAUGUGUCAACGCCACCAAGACGCGGAAAGGUCACUUCGCCUCAUGGAAAUACGAAUGUGAUGUUUCCCCGAACGCUAGUGCCUCAGCUAUUGGGUGAAGUGGUCGCUGGCAGUACGUGCACUUUUUCUUCAGCUAUCCUGGCUGGCCCGGAUUGUGAGCUGUUUGGGAAGCACUGGAGUCAGCACCCCCAGCCACCGACGGUUGCAGAUCUUCGCAAGAUAAUGGCACAGGACCAUAUCCCUGUCGAGAUUGCCUUGGACAUUCUAAGAUCUCUGGACUAG